UUUUGGCGGUUUUUCAGUAUAUUUGUUAUUUUCUAAUUUUGUAACUGAAAGAAAAUCACUAAAUCAGAGAUUCGUGGUUUUGAAAUCGAACAUUUCAACGGUUUUGUUCUGGAGAUGAAUUUUAUAUAUUUCCAUAGUUGAACUGUUAUAAAAUCUCGUAUGAAUUGUGUGUGAAAUGAUUUGAUUUUGAUCUGAAUUGUGGUGAGCGAAGUAAAUAUGCCUUCAAAUUCAGGGAUAUGCUACUCUGAAAAAUACUAUGAUGAGAACUUUGAGUACAGGUAGGUAGUUUGAAGGGACCAUAGUCCAUAUGAAACCAAGUAUUACUGUUCAGGUGGCUUUGGGGCUGAACUCCAGGUCUCACAGUUAGUCUUGCAAAUCUAAGUAUCUCACGACUCACCGUAUUUCUAUUGUUCAAAUUCCGCAUUUUUUAUGCAAGGAAAUACGAUUUAGGACUGCACGGACCGGUCAUUAAUAAUGGGAGGCGGGGAGGUGGUGGAAAAAAGGUGGACGGCUUCAACUAUUUUUGCCUGAAUUGGGGGUGGCCUCAAACUUAAAAAUAUGUGACAAGGGGCGACCCCAAUAUUCUAAUAGUCUUUCCUACUCAUUUUCAAAAUAUUUUAGUCCCUAUAAUGAGGGGCCUGUACCGGGUUCCGAAAUCCCGCCAUCCCGGCCAAUUCUCACUUCAAAUCCCGUUAUACCACCAUGCCUCAUCCCAAUUUCCCGCUCCCAACUUUUUUGACACUAGAAUACAAUACCAGGAAAGUUUAAAAUAAUAAAUGACUCUAAAUCGCGACUAUUAUGAAAGCAGCAAUUAUACAUGUAAAUGGGGGAGAAAUGUUCGAUAUCAUCCUUGAAAACAGUAAAUUUCGAGCACACAAACAAAUGACAACAGAUCAUCUAACGUACGGCUGCAGGUUUUGUUGAUUUAUCCCGCUAAUUGUGGAUAACUUUCCUGCAUAUUGCCAUGGUAUUUUGAUUAAUCCCAAUUCCCACCAUGGAAUAAAAUCCCGCUUCCCGACCAAUAUUUCUUUUAAAAUCCCGAAUCCCACUUGAAUUUUAGACGCAUAUCACCAUCCCGCAAAACCGGUACAGGCCCCUCUAUAAUCGUAGUUUCCAUAGUUUAUUAUGUAUAUAUGCAGUUCACCAUAGGAGUCGGAGUAAAUAACAACCGUUUUGAAUACUGGUCCCCAGUACUUGUCCCAUUACUUAUUUUACACCAAUAAAUGUAACGAAUUAAAUGUUGGAAGGGGGUCCUAAGUUUUCUAGAUUAAGUUGGGGACAUCUUGAAAAUAAAAAUCUUGUGAUUGGGGCUGGCUCUAAAAAAUGUUCAAUAUUUGGUAUUUAUCACACCCCCCCUCCUCCCCAGGUUAAAGACCGGUCCCUAAUUUUUGUCAAAAUCCAACAAAGUGAGGGGGGGGAGGUGCAGAGCUAAGAAGUUACAAUUAUGUUCCAAACUUCCAAGAGCAUAUAUGCAUUCCAAUCUUUACCUCUUUCUUACAUAUUUCUAGUGCAGGAAAUAUCAUUCUUAAGAUCAUAGAAAACACUGACAAAUUUUCAAAUGGGGACAUGUCAGUGAAUUCCACCCAGACUGCAGAGUUGGUCAACGUCACACUCAAUAUUUUUUUAGGCAGAAACAUCAGCACACCUGGGCUUUACUUACAUUUAUAACAUGUAUCUGGCUAUUCUAACUUGUACCCUUGACUGCAUCUCGAUGCACACUUGGGAACUGUUUUGUACACCUGCACUUAAUUUUCUAACAUUUGCACACCUGAGAUCUCGUUGAAAAGUGCCCAACUCUGUAGUCUGGAAUUGCACUGUAACCAUGCUCUCCCCAUUUUGUUUAUAUUGGGCUCACUGUUAAUAGGUUGGGCUGAAAUGCUGGAACAGUAAGGUACAAGUUGUACGGUUGGGCUAUCAUAUUUAAUACCUGAACCACCCUCCCCCCAAAAUGGUCCAGAAAAUGCUUUUUCCGGUGACGUGAAAGGGGAGGGGUUGAUGACUGUUCCAGAGGGAUCAGUUCACAGAUUUUUUGAAUUCCAGUGGGGCAAAAAUUCCGAAAAGCAGAGGUCCUCCUACAGUAAUAGCCAAACCAUACAAGGGGCAACACCUUUCAUCCCGCUUCUCAAACCUGUUCUGCGAAGGAAGGAGCAGGUCAUAUCAGAAUUUGCAAUUGUUAAAUAAUUGGGAUGAAAACUAAUUUUGCUGUGGAAACUUGACUUCAGAUGGUCUGCAAUACAGUAUGGGUGAGGCCUGAGGGGGUCAAAGCAAUCAUCAAUCAAGUCCACAAAGCUGAACAAAGUGUAUUUGUCAAUUAAUGUUUUAAAGUCCUUUAUGUCCAAAUUCAAUCUGCCACACAUAUCAUCAAUUGAAUCAAUACACAUUUAUUUAAAGUUUAAAUUAAAACUAUUUUUUCACUUAUAUUGCUACUGUAACUGUAAGUACAAUUAUUGCAGUAGUUUCAGCUUUGACAUAUGGGUUAACUUAAGCCCCGGUCAAACAAGAAGACUGAGUUAGCUUGAGAGGUUGCUCUUGAAACUCUCAUGCCCUGGCAGGCACAAUUGGCAGGAAAUUACCAACUGAAGCAACAUAUUGGUAGAGGUUUUAAUAGGUUCAGGGACACAUAUUAAUAUUUGGCAGGCAGGAAAAUGGAAUUGAUCUUUGCAGGGUGUUAGCUAGCCCACAUACUGUCCGUUUGACGAACUCUUCUCAAUUGAAGUAGCUAAGGGGCUUUCCCAACUGGGUCUACUGGAAGAUUUUCAUUUUUUCUGAUGAGAAAGUGCAUUGCGUUUGAUUUUAUAUUAUUAUAUCAAAGAAUUUUUAUUUACUUUUUCCCAUUAACUAUUUUCUCAAAAUGUAUUGCGUUUCAUUCAUAUUGGGUGUGUAUUCACUGAAAUGAAAUAUACAAAACAAAGUGCAAUCAGUGUGCAUCCGUGUUCAUUCACCGGAAAUGAAAUAUGUAAAACGAAGUGCCAUCGGGUCGUGAUCGAGGUAAAUAAAGAACUGAAAGAGUGUUACUGGUGUUACGAUCAAACAUCCUAUAUUGAUAGCUAUAUGGUAUUUCCGAUUUUCGUUGCCAAACAGAUCUUGUUUUAACUAAAAACUUGAGAGUUAGUUCAAUUCCUCUCACCAUGGUUGCCACAAAAUGACAUAAAGUAGCAUGCUAUUUCAAGGACUUUGAUCGGUCAAAAAAACUUUCCCAAUUUACGUUUAACGGACAAAACUUUUUCUGGCUAACACUCUGCUUUGAUUUGGAGCAAUUAUAUAUAUAGGAAAUUAUCAUAAAUUACUACAAUAACUGUUGCACUGAUCGGGGUUUGGAAGGUACAACUUACAUCCCCAGGAAUGUUUUACAUUAGUGAUAUUUUUGCCAAAACCAAGCAUGUCAAUUUCACAACAUGAAAAUAAUAAAAUAUACUACUAACAGUACAUUCCCGACGGAAUCUAAUCACAAUCUGAAUUUUUUCGAUGUGAAAACAUAACGUGCAUUAUUUCCAUUUAGGUCAAGCAUUUGCAGUUAUAGUAACAAUUACAGAGAGUUAUGACUUCUGAUUUGUUGUAAAAAUUGAUUAAAAUAAAGCCUUACAAGGAGGUGUAAAAGUUAAGCCUAGUUUCCAUUUGGUCGUUAGUUGUCGCUGGCACGACAAGUGGCUGAUGUAAUAGAGCGUCAACAAAACUUUGUAAAACUCUGCAAUCAUUAAGACUGAUUUGCAUAUAAGACACAAAAAGACGAUUAUUAUAUUAGACUAUUUCACAUCUACCGCUUGUCGUGCCAGCGACAACUAACGACCAAAUGGAAACUAGGCUUUAGCUCGGGGCCAGGCUUAGAUCUUUAAGCCUAGUUUCUAUUUGGUCGUUAGUUGUCGCUGGCACGACAAGCGGUAGAUGUGAAAUAGUUUAAUAUAAUAGUCGUUUUGUGGGUUAUAUGCAAAUCAGUCUUAAUGAUUGCAGAGUUGUGUAAAUUUUUGUUGACACUCUAUUACAUCAGCCACUUGUCGUGCCAGCAACAACUAACGACCAAAUGGAAACUAGACUUUAACGUGCUAUACAAAAUGAUAAAAACAUGUUUACUUAAAAUUGUACAAUUUACAUAUAGAAUUCAAAUUAAACAAUGGUAAAGUUCCAUUCUUGAAUGUUCAAGCUCAGACUCUCAGUGGUACUGUACAAGGUGGUGGAAAUUUCUGUAAUGUUCGACUGCCUCGUAUGCAAAGGUUUUGCACUCGAAGCGGGGUAAACGCAUGCUCCUCAGCCAGUUCGUAACUAAGGAGGGUGCCAAAUUCUUCUUCGUCGCUAUCUUAUCGCUGAAAGAAGAAAGGAAAUGAUAGGUUUCCUUCCAGAUCCACCAAAGGCGCUGAAGACUACCGGUGUGAAUGAGCUAUGUUCGAUCUUGACAAUUCGCUGAUUGUAUUUCCUCUUCUUUUCCUUUUCCUAUUCAUUGGCGUUGAAAGAUUAAUCAUGAUUCCUGAUAUAUGUAUCCUGCAUUGUUUUCUUGACGAUUGGGAAUGCUCAGUGGUGAAUUUGUAGGGGGGAGGAGGUGCACGGAGAUGUGUGCACACCCCUGUUAGCAUUGGUCAAAGGGGGUGCAAAAAAGUAAAUUUAUAUUGCUUUUAAAUGUUUGAAACAAUCAAAGUUUGUUAUCAGUCUUAGACUAACUAGACUGUGAGCGGUCCCUCCUUUCCGCGGGUUUAGAUUUCCGGGCACGAGAAAGGAAAGGAGGGACUGCAGACAACACAUCAAGAAAUGAAACCGCGUUGCCCACACAACGCAAAAUUCCCAUUGGUCAAAAUCGAUACGCCUAGCAAUCAGAGCUGAUAUGUAGUAAUGCUAUAAAUAAUUUCCAGAGUGAAUGUUGAUUUUAUACAGGGUGUGUCAAAAUAAAAGUAAUCGAACGUCAGCGCGCUAUUGUGUCUGAAUUACUGCGUAUGAACGAGAUUUUUUCAUCUUCGGAAAGAUCAGGCUUUUAGCUGUUGAAUGAUAUGUUCUUCAUGCCAAAUGGAUAAAAAAUAAGCAAGUACGAGUCUGAUAAAAAAAUGCUAGUCAGAGUCGCACAUUUUCACCGUUGUAAUAUGCGAUUCUGACUAACAUUUUUUUAUCGAACUCGUAUUUGCUUAUUUUUUCUCCACUUGGCAUGAAAAACAUGUCAUUCAACAGCUAAAAGCCUGAUCUUUUCGAAUAUGAAAAAAAUGUUCAUACGCCGAGUAAUUCAGGUACAAUAGCGCGCUGAAGUUCGAUUACCUUUCUUUAUACACCCUGUAAAUAAACAUGACAUUAACGGUUUCUUAUUGGAUAGAUUUAAUUGGAUAUAGUAAUGUUUAUGCAAAGGCGGAGCCAAUUUGACAAGAGCGAAAAGUGGGCGUAUUUCGUUUCUUAAUGUGUUGUCGGCAGUCUCUCAUUUCUUCGAGGGACUGCUCGCGGUCUAAGACUAACUUAAGUUUUGGAAUUCAAGGCAGCACCACAAAAUACCAACAAGUCAAAUAUUAAUAAUUUAUCGAAAUGAUAUUAUCGUCUGACGUUUUGAUAUAGGCAUGUUAUCUUGCCUUGUAAUCUUGUCCCAUUGUUGCCACUUGAUCAUCUUAUGACAGAAACAGAAUGGAGAAAUCUUGGCGUCCAACAAUCUCCUGGAUGGGUUCAUUAUAUGAUUCACAAACCAGGUAGUGAAAUUAUACUGUGCCUUUUGUGUAGAAAUGACAAAAAUUGCCAUUUACUGACGCCGAUUUAUGCCAAUUAUUAUACAUUGUAGUCACUACGUGUCUUCUGAUUGGCCAAUCACUUACAGCUAUAAGUGUGGAAAUUACGCAACCUGCACACCUUUUCAAGUUUUUCUCGGCUUUUUUCCCUUUGUCCAAAACUUAACAAGACAAAACAAAACAAAUUCGACGAAUGCCAAGCUGGUUAAGUUUAUACGUAAAACCACUGAUGAAAUUGCUUUGUUACUCCAGUCUAUUUAUUCUUCUUUCUGAACAAUGUUGUAUUUUAAAAGCUCUAGUUUUGCUUAAUUUUUUUUCUAAAAAGCAGAGCUGAAGCGGGGGGAGGGGGGGGGGGCACAGAAACACCAAGGCAGUACCGCAGACCACAGUACAAUACUGCGUUAUAAUGCACGCGCAUUAGCCAACCAAAUCGCAUGUUAUAUACCAAUUAUAUUUUAUUGUGGUUAGGUUAUUUACAGUACACCGCUGUUUCUACCUCUUUUUCCUUAUAGAACGUCAUAUUUUGCUGUUUAGAAGACCAGUUGCAUUGGCAUCCCGUACUGACGGGCCAUUAUAGAACGAUAAUGAAGAUACAAUGUGAACCAUUCUGUAUAUAAUAUAUACUGCAAAUUAAUUCUGCACAAGAAACUUUUGGGCUUUAAGGGGCCCUACAAUAAUUUUUUUAGUCGAAAUGCCACCUUAAGUACUGUUUACAUUUUUUUGUUAUUGUCGCUACUUGACAUGCGCACCACGGCAUGCAUGGUCUUCCGGUGUGCGGAAGUACUCAUACUCAUGGAUACUGCAUGUAAGAUACAGCCAAACGAAUCUCCGUGGAGUCCCCUACUUAAGGUGGCUUUUCGACUAAAAAAUUACUGUAGCGCCCCUUUAAAGGGUUAAUUUGGUAUAGUCAACUGUAAUGUCAACAGUUUUUGAACUCGUAACUUCUAUUCGGGGUUCAUUAUUCAUAACUUCAGAAUGUCUGAUCAUGAUUGUGCCUAAAAAAGAUCGUAUUGUAGGUUUUGAGAGCUAAGUAUAAUUGAAAUGUCAGGAUUUUAACGAGAAUUUAAAAUGUACAUACCUGCAUAAGUUCAAAAGGUGUCUGCGAGAUGUUAAUAAUGCCUGCUGCAUUUUCUUUCGUUGGACGUUGAGUACGGGGUACUGUAGGUGUCGUCUAUCAUAGUAUUUUUCUCAAGACCAAAACAACCAAAAAAGUCUCUGCCUUCAGUCUUCCCAUGAGGUAAAACCGUUCAAAAUAACGAUUUUAAGUUGUUCAAGAUGUUUAUCGCUAAACGUUUUGUCCCUAAUUUAAGAGUCUGAGGAAAAUGAAAUAUAAUACUGAAGAUUCAAAAAUUAAAUCUUUUGAGUUAAUUAAGAGAGUCUUGAGGUAUAUAUACUUAUACUCUAACCAAAUGGGGAUUUGACUAUACCUAUAACACCAAAGGAUUGACUCACUGGACCUUUACGAGAAACAUUUAAAGCCCUAGGGUUUAACCCCCGGUUGUUCAAAGCUAGAUUAGCCCAAACCAUGAGUGGGUUAAAAUUUAACUUGCUGUUUCGGUUUGUGUAUUUCUGCAUGCCUGUUUAUAUCAAAACUUCAGAAAAUAAAACUUCUGUUGAUCCAGACAUGUUUUCUAGAAAAACAUUCCAUGUUUAUAAACAAGCUAUUAGGAAGAUUGCUUUGAAGAUUUUGUUAACCUAGGGUUAAGGUAAACGGCUUUCGAACAACCUGCUCCUGAUGGAAAUACGCAGUAUAAAUAGAAUAAUAGUUACAGUAACUUAGCUAAUUAAUACAUUUCCAAGUUAUUAAGCUUUAUCUAUGCAUUCGAGUUAAGGCGGAUUUCCAGUCCUCGCACGAAGCUCCUCGCUGCGAGUGAUGCAUGAGCACUUUCAUCCAAUCACAAUGCUAAACAGUUCAUUUUAAUUAGAUGCAAGCACUCGCAGCGAGCUGCGAGGAGCUUCGUGCGAGGACUGGAAAACCCCUUUAGUAUUAAAUUUUUGCCACCGCAUGCAUGUUAGUCUAGACAUAGUCUUUCAAAACAUGGUCUGGAAACUCCGCUAAAGUCUUUGUGUUCUAUAUUUUUGUUCGCGUUUAUGCAGUUUUGUGCACGGUCAAUGAACACAUUGUAUUUCAGUAUAAUGAGCGAAUCAUCCAAUAGCAACGUUUCAGUCAGUCAUUCAACCAUGCUAUUUAAAUAUUAAUAAACCUAAAACAAAGGAUGUGCACGGUGUAAGGUACGGCUCAACAUAAACACACAGCUCAUUAUAACCGCUUUGAAGUUUACUGACUUUCCAGACCAUGUCUCGAAAGACUAUGGUCUAGAUUCGAUAUAUAAACAUAAAAGAUUUUAGGCCCCUGGGAAUUGAAAUCGAAUUGCUAAUAGAUCAUGUUACUGUUGUUGUGCAUUAAAUUUUACUUUAUGCACUCGCGUGUGCAGUAAUUUUGACAGUUGUGCUAUUUUUAAUUCCUAGUGCGAAUUAAAUCCACUAUAGUGCGAUUUAAAUUACGUACAGUAUAGUGCGUUUGGGAUGGAUUAUUAUGCUGAAAUAAUUCGUUUAGUUUUUUCGUUUCAAAGGUAUUAUUAUUAAAUUUUGG